CGAACCUGCGCAGGCUAUUCAGAGUGUAAGCUAAAGUGUACAAAAUCUGCGACUGCAAAGGCCGCUACGCUGCAAGCCUGCAACCCCUCGGCGUCGACGAUAUGGCGGCGGCAGAGCCCUCGUCCUCCGAUUCGCCGCCUCCUCCCCUCCGCCGCCGCGCGCGCCGCCUCAUCUUGGACCGCCGGUACGGCUGGAUCUUCGACGAGUGGACGGACCCUGCCGACGAAGCCCUCUCUGGCGGCCGCGGAAUGUUCUGCGUGGUGCCCAUGGCGCAGUCACUGAUGAACGCUUCAGUGUCUUGGAUUAAUUUUGCUACAAGUUCAGUCAGUAGAGUGCUUUAGAACCCUGAAAGUUUUUCUCUGCCAACAUAUAUGGCUAGCCUACCAUUGCAUAGGAAGCAGAAAUCUUGGUUUCAUGGACUUGAAAACUCUGGAGUUGUAGCUAUUCUGAAGUUAAUAUCCUGUAGUACUCAUUGCGCAUUGGAGCAUAUGAGCACUGAUUGCCGCUGAUGGACAUGUAAGAGCAGUAUUACAAACUCCUACCUAUGAUGUUUCUCCUUACAAAAGCACAUCUUGUAAAUAUGCUGUCUGUACUCUUAUGCAGCAUAUGAUGACAUAAUUAUCUUUUUUUUUUCUCAAAUACGUAAGAGAGCUGUGUAUCAUUUAUUAGAGAAGAAAGAGUAGAAAAAAACUACACCGGCCCUGACCUUACAUGCUUAACAUACCCCCCACAAACUACAAGAAACAACCGAAUAGGAAACUAAGCCCACGAAAGCACCUAUGUGAUCCCAAAGGAUAGCGCCCUUAGCUGCUUGGCCCUUGCAGCACACCACAAAGUGCCUUCUUCUGUGACUGUUCGCACCACACAAAUAAUAUCUGGAGAGGCUGAAUUGAAGAUGUAGUCAUUGUAGUGCUUUCAAAGCUCCCAAGCAACAAGAAUGAUCAAUGAGUCAAGGCCCUUCCUUU